CUUCAUGAUCUAUCUAUCUAUCUCUCUAUAUAUGUCAAGCAAACACACUAGCUAGCUCCAAUGCAAAGUGAAGCACAUCAUCUUCAAUCAGACUCGGAGAAAUUAACAAAAGGAGGAGUGAUCAAGAAUGGAAGUGGUAGUGGAUGACAUGAACAAACUGGAAGGGUUGGAAAUUGAGAAGGAAGAAAAAGAAGAAGAAGAAGAAGAAGAUGAUGUUCUUCUCCCUGGAUUCCGAUUCCAUCCCACCGAUGAAGAGCUAGUCGGCUUUUAUCUCCGGCGAAAGGUGGCAAAGAAGCCACUGAGCAUGGAGAUCAUCAAGGAGGUAGAUGUGUACAAGUACGACCCAUGGGAGUUACCAAAAACUACUGCCGCCGGAGACGAAGCUUUCUUCUUCUGCCGCAGGGGGAGGAAGUACAGGAACAGUGUGAGGCCCAACAGGGUGACUGCCUCCGGCUUCUGGAAGGCCACCGGCAUCGACAAGCCGAUAUACUCCCCUUGCGGCAGUUGCAUAGGCCUGAAGAAGUCCCUGGUUUACUACGUCGGGAGCGCGGGAAAGGGCACCAAGACGAACUGGAUGAUGCACGAGUUUCGCCUUCCCGCCACAGCCGCACCCAGCACUCCCACCACGCACGGCGCGGAAGUCUGGACGAUCUGCCGAAUCUUCAAGAGGAGUAGCUCUUACAAGAAGCCACAGCCACAGCCGCCGCCGCCGCCGCCGCAGCAGCAGCAGCAGUCCGGUGGCCUGAAAACUUUGAGCCAAGCGGAACAGAUCGCUGCCGCCGGAGACCGUCGAUCGGACUCGGCAAACAGUAGCUUGGAGUCAUAUUCCAACGGAGAGAUCGAUCUGAUGAACCACCUCGAGAACGAGAGCCAAUGGUGGGAUCCGAUCAUCCAGUCUCCACUACACUUCCAUCCCAGUAACUUAAUCGGCAGCAAUCCGGACCUGGACGAGUUGUACAGCAGCAUUCAAGGAAGCUGGGAUGUGAUGGAUUUCCUCACUGAUUUAACUGAUAACAUAUAGAUCCUAUACUAUAGUAUAGUAUAGUUUAGUUUAGUUUCUGACAAAUUAAAUGACAGAGUAUUAUUUGAUUUGAUUACUUUAAUUCAGAGUUCUUUUUCUUGAAGUAUUUGUUCAUGAGACAGUGUCUUGAUGGUUAUCCAGACUCAGAAUUUGCAUGCGUUCUGCCCUCAUUGGUGGAUUUAACUGCGAACGCUGUCGGUUGACUAGUUAGUGUAAAUAAUAAAUGUAGAUUGAAUUAUUGAGUUGGAACA